AUGCCAUUAAUAUCAAGAUCAACAAUAUCAUUUAAUCAAGAUAAUUUAAAAUUUUUGGUAUUUUUCAUUAUCCCAAUAUUAUUAUCAAUUUAUUUAAUCCCAAAAUUUAUAAAUCCAGAAAUCAUUAAUAAUUUAUUAAUAAAUUUUAAAAUUGGAUUAUUAUCGAAAAAAUAUUGUCAAAUUCAACCAAUUUAUUGUUCAAUAUUAUUAAAUGAUAAUGAUAAAUAUGGUGGUGGUGGUGGUGGUGGUGGUGAUCCUAAUCAAUUGAAAAGAAUUCAAUUUAAAUAUUUUGAAUUAAUUUAUGUUGUUCAUAAAUGGAUUUAUAAUAUUGAUCAAUUCAUUAUACAUAAAUUGAUAUUACUGUGGCCAAUUAAAAAAAUCAUUGGAUCUAUAAUGAUAAUAAUAAUGAUGAGGAACAAUAAUAAUAAUAAUAAUAAUAAUAAUAGUGGUGGUGGUGGUGGUUUUGGUGGUGAACAGUAUAUGGAGGAAAUAUGGGAGAAAUGGAUAGAAAUCAUUCAAAUCAUAUUGGCAGUAAUUAAUUCAAUGAUUUAUCAUCUGAUUUGGGGAUUAAUUGUUUCACGAAUGUAUGUAUUUUUCAUAUUUGGAACAUUAAUAACAGUUUUUGAACCUUGGGAAAGAUUAAUUGAUCCUCUAAUGUCCGUUUUAAGUACAAAUAAUGUUUAUUAG